GCCCCGUGGUGCAGCAGCGAAGACAGAUGCGGAGCCACCUGUCAGAGGGCUGUGGGCGGGAGCGAUGGCCGAAUAGGGCCACGGAACCAGAGGGUGAGCGCCUUUGAGCGCACGCUCAGAGCAGACAGCUCUCAGGAGGCAGGAUGUGAUGGUCUAAGACCCUAGAAGCUGACGGCCAGUGGGAGGGAAUGGUGGUGACGGAGGCGAGGCAGAGCAACUGGAGGUGAACGACCCUGGAGGUGACAGCAAGGAGAGUACGCGACCUAGAAGGACUGCUGUAGCGCGCCCGGCGACUUGUGCUUGGACGCGGAGCGGACGCGAGAAGAAGGGAGGGCAGCGCGCCGGCGCUGCGGGCUGGCUUCAUCGGGGCGGGGGAGUGCCAUGUCCCGCGAGCGGCCGCCCCGCACCGACAUCCCCCGCAACCUGAGCUUUAUCGCGGCGCUGACCGAGCGCGCCUACUACCGCAGCCAGAGACCUAGCCUCGAGGAGGAGGCGGAGGAGGAGCCAAGCCACGGCGGGGCACGGCGGGGUGCCCGAUCCCGCGCUCACGCCCCGAGUCGGGGCCGCCGGGCCCGCUCUGCGCCUGCUGGAGGUGGUGGAGCCAGGGCGCCCCGCAGCCGAAGCCCAGACACCCGUAAGAGAGUGCGUUUCGCCGACGCGCUGGGGCUGGAGCUGGCCGCCGUGCGCCGCUUCCGCCCGGGAGAGCUGCCCCGGGUUCCUCGCCACGUGCAGGUACAACUGCAGAGGGACGCCCUCCGCCACUUUGCACCGUGUCAACCCCGCGCCCGAGGCCUCCAGGAGGCGCGCGCCGCCCUGGAGCCGGCCAGCGAGCCCGGCUUCGCCGCCCGCUUACAAGCGCAGCGUAUCUGCCUGGAACGCGCCGAGGCGGGCCCGCUGGGCGUGGCUGGGAGCGCGCGCGUGCUGGACCUGGCCUAUGAGAAGCGCGUGAGUGUGCGCUGGAGCGCCGACGGCUGGCGGGGGCCACGUCACGAGUUCUGGGACAACACCGCCGGCCGUGACUAUGCUCUACGUGGGCCCGAGCACCCGGGCAGUGCCGGAGCGCCGGAGCCCCAGGGCUGGAUCCACUUUAUCUGAGACCAGGCGCCUGCGACCGACGGCGAUAAAAACCAAAGAAGGGGUGGAGAACCUAUUUCCUUUUCUCCAAGGCCAUGGUUGAUCCACCAUCCUCCCUCAGGCUCCUUCUUGACAGUCUUCUAGAAGAGAGAAGAGUGAAAAAAAGCAGUUCCCGAUGUUGCAGAUGAACACAGAGCUUUCAGGUAACCAGUUCCCCGUGCCUUUUUCUGUAGUUAAUUUUUCAGAGAAAAAUUUCUGAAUCCCCCUCUUACUCAUCACCGAGUGAAGAAGGGGCAGGCACAUUUGCCCACACAUUCAUUCAAAAUAAGAGUAUGGAGUACCUUGCCCCUCCUGUCCACAGUCUUAAUCUUUUGAAGAAAGAUGGCUGAAAGAUAGGAACUCCUGGUCGUUCCUCAAAUAAAUGCCCAUUUAAACAUCAUCCUUAUUUUGUGAAGAAAACAGAAAGGAUUUCUUGCAUCUGUGGAUCACCUUCAGGUCAGAGUUCCAGCAAAGUGAAGAGAGAAACUGUACUGGAAGCCACGAAGCAAUGCACUGUUGAGUCAUCAAUGAGGAGCCCAAGAGAGGAUAAGAGAGGGAGACUGGAUCAAGGCUCAGUGUGAAAUAAUCUCUUGCUAAUGUGUAUGUGUUACCGUUAUGUCAUAUUAACAAUAAUGAUAGCUCACAUUUACUUAACAGUUAUUUGCAAAAAUCUGUUCUUCAUGCAUGCUCAAAACAACCCUAUGAGUGGAACAUUAUCAUUAUCCCUGUUUUAGAGAUGAGGAAAUAGUCUCAGAGAAGCUUGGUGAUUUGUUCAAGAUCACACUGCAAGUAAAUGGCAGAGCUAGGAUUGUGAACCUAGGAAAUCUCCAGAACCUCUGUGCAUAACUUUCAUAAUAUUAUAUAUUUUUUCCUCUGAAAACAAAACUAGAAACCUUGCUAUAUAUCAUCUAUUAGAAAAAACUAUAGUUUCUGAUUGCACUCUGCCUUCUCAUCCUCCUAGUCUCUUGAACUGGCUUAAAGAAGGCAAAGAAAAUAUCAAAAGAUGGUGCCAAGCUUUGUCUGUUCUUCCCAGGAUCUUUGUCAAUGUCCCAGCUGGGCAGGAUCAGCAAGAGAAACCCCACCAACUUAUUAGAGAACUUGGGAGCCUUUUUUUUU